CUGAGCUUGUGAGAGAGAGAGAGAAAACUCCCUUAACCUUCUCGACAUGAGGAGCUGUCAGACAAGAAGGAAGCCAUGGUGGCAGACGGACGGGUGGACAAAGGACACGCAGUGUUCAGCAUUUAAGGAAUGAUGUCUCUAUUCUGGGUCGUGCUUUGGACAACACUCCCUCUUCCUGCUCUCUUCUCUGGUCCUCAGCUCUGUAGCAUCGAUGAAAGCAACACUUCAAACAACACAUCUACAUUGCUGGAAUCCUUACAGUGUUAUAACAACUAUCAGUCCUAUGUCCACUGCAACUGGAGACAAGAAGGAGACGCACCACUUCAGCUCUGGUUCAAGACUGAACACAACAGGAUGCUGUGCGUGCCGUACAGUUUACCAAGCAAAGACAGUGAUCAGGGAAUGGUGCAGUGCAGACAUAAAACGCAUACAUUCUCCAUCGGCGUCAAGCACACCGUCUUCUUCCAGAAGAUCAAUAUGCCGACUGUCUGCUCAUCUGUUCCACACAAGCCUGUGUCUCUCUCUCAGCACUUGAGAGCGCACCCACCGGUGGACCUGUCCACUCAUGAUUCAGGUGAUGGAGGCCGAUGGCUCACCUGGUCCUGUCCCUAUCCCUCCUCUUCCUCCCUGAACAAAAAACUCACCUACCAGCUCAGUUACCAACCACAGAAACAAGACCACUGGACUACUGUGGACGUCACAAACACCAGUGUGAAACUGCAGAGGCAUCUGUUGCUUCCAGGUCACACGUACGAAGCGAGGGUCAGGGCCCGGGCCAGCGUGGGCCAGUGGAGCCAUUGGAGUCCUGUCGUGAGCUGGAGAUGUGAAGAAAAUACUGGGCAGUUUCCCAGGUUGCACUGUGUUCUGGACAGCGAGAAGGAGGUAACAUGCAGCUGGGAGGUGAGCAGAGAGCUGGCUUCCUUCAUUACCUACCAGCUGGCCUGUCAACACAACCAGACUGCACCAUCUGAGAGAUGCUGCGUGAGCCCAACAGUCGUACCUCACCAUAACAGAACACUGAGGUUCAGCUGUUCACUGACUGUAGCAGAUCCUGCACGCCUGCUGCUGGAGCUCCAUCCUACCCACACAGCCAAGACCUUUAAGGCCCACCAACACAUUCGUCCUGAACCACCACAGCAGGUAAAUGUGAAGAAGAAACAAAGCAGCUGGAUCGUGGAAUGGACUGAAUCGAGCACAGCUACAAAAGUGAAACUCUUCUAUCAAGUCUGUUACUACAGGUCACAGGAUCAGGGAUGUUCCCUUCUGAACAUGUCAGAAGGUUCAACAUCACUGACCCUCCAGGAAGCAUCUCUGAUCCCCUCCCAGCACUAUAAAGUCAAGGUCAGGUCACUGGUCGUGCCUGGACAUGGCUCCAGGUAUGAGGGACUCCCAUCUGAAUGGACUCAUCCUAAGGACUGGGUGUCAAAUGCAGCCACAUGGUCCUUCACCACAAUCAUAUAUGUUCUCAUCAGUGUGGUUGUGACCGCAGUAUUCUUCUCACUCUACUUCACCAUUCCAGCAUGUCGAAGGAGGAUAAUCGUGUGGGUAGACUCAGUACCUUCUCCGGGUAAAAGCAAAAUUCUGUCUGAAAUCCAGGCCACCACCAUGCGAACGCUGCAGAGUGAGGUCACGUCCAUCUGUAAAGUGCUUCACUUUGACUCUGUAUUUACAUGCUCCUCGGAUGCUUCGCUGCUGCCAAACACAAACAAAAACAAAAAGUGCAUGGAGCCAGACGAGGGCUUCUGGAACGAUGAUAACUCACCAGCCCGUGCGGAGGAGGUUAACACCUCUGGCUCGUCCUCCGUGAGUUUCAGUGGACCAUACAUCUUCUGUCAGGGAUCGUCAGAGUCAAACCAUAAGCCAGUGGACGUCGAGUAUAAAGAGGAAGAAGAAGACAGAACUCGAUCAGAUCCGUUCACGUCUCCUGUGAAUUUCUCCUCUAACAGAGGAGCUUAUGUGUGUCUACCAAACCACUCCAUCUCCAGAUCCACACAGGACCUCGUAUCGAGCAGUGUUGCCAACACAAACGCAGACAGGUCCAACAGCGCAGAGCAGGACCAACAACAGUGUCCAGACACCAUGACAGAGGCACAUACCAGAGACUUCCAGCCGGGCCUCAGCGAGGUCACAGGCAGGGACCAACCUCUGGCCUACACCUCUGGACCUUUCACCUCCUGGCCUCAUGGUGGCACCGUACAGGCCUCGGGGUACUGCCACCUCCCACAGCACCAAUGAGAGCAGCACAGUGCAAUAUGUGAGGGAAGAGCAUUUCAAGCAGGACUACUAUAGUAGUUUUUCAGCCAACAGAAAAAGAUGAAUCACUUUUCUUCUGUGUUCAUUUUGUGUUCAAAUUGCUAGAACUAUUUCUAUUUUAAAGAAGAAGAGGAGGAAUAAGCUUGCUUGUUUUAAUCUGAUCUGAGAUCAAGGUGUUGAUCAGACCAAAGGAGGGCAGUAGUGGGUUGAGCCUGUGGUUGCAGAGAACAAAACAACUAUUUCUCAAAGCAUGUGAUCACAUCCUCACACAUACAAAACAGAAAAUCCACAGCCUCUUACACUGUUGUUGAGACUGACUUUGACAUUGUCUGAUCCAUGUGAUCCAAGUGGCAAUAAAGACCUGCAGGUCUGCAGAGACAUUUGACAUGAGGAGACAACACUUGGCCUCCGGUUACGUCACGUGAAGCGCACUUUAUAGUAGUUAUAGAUGACAAAUAAAUGUGUGUAUAAGCUUGCCAUUGGCCAUAAGUCUCGUGGAAACAGCAAGAUGCUACCAAUGCCAUUUAUCCUGUGCAACCUUAAUGCAGUCUUGUGCUUAAGUUAUCUUGUAGUCGCACCAUCACUGCAAUGUGUGACCCAGGAGGAUAGUGACUGGUUUAUAGUAAUGUAAAUAAGCAGCAGAAGGAUGACAUGACAGUAAUGCCAUGUAAUGUAAUCAUGUAAUUUCACUGUACCAGUGUGUGAAGUAUACGUGAGGAGUGAAAAGUCUGUAGCUGACUUAGCUCGACCUAUUUACACCCCUGUAUUUUAAGGUUAGCAAUAAAGGUGUUACUGAGAGAGCUCAGGUAUUUUCUCAGGUGUUUCUUGGUAUAAAACGUUUGACAAACACUGUACUAGAGGAUUGUAAUCUUGCAACUUUGUAACUUUCGCAGAGCAGAAACUGCACAGCAUCCACUGCAGUGUUGAAUAACUCAACAUUGUAGUGGACUAUCUGUGACUGUCUAGUUUAAAUAAAUGUGACUUAAAAAACUA